AUGACCGCACUUGUAGAGGCAGAGCGGAUGGAGCGGGAGAAGGCGCUGAUGGAGGCACAGCAGCGGGUGGACCGGCUGCGUGAGACAGUGCGAGUGAUGGCCAACCGCCAAGUGACUCUGGUGGGGACGAAGCGGCGCCUCGGAAUCUCAACGCGAGAGUUGACGCGCCUGUCGGCCGACCACUGCGUGUACGAGAGCGUCGGUCGCGUGUUUCUGCGCGCACCCGUGAAUACUCUCAUAGCAAAGCAGACGGAGCAGUCGGAGAGCUGCGAGGCGGAGGAGCGGCGCCUCUCCAACGAGAAGCAGCGGGUUGCAGAGCAGCUACAGAAGGAGGAAGCGCAGCUUCGCGAGGCGGCGCAGGUAUACGUGGCUGAAAUGAAUGCGGGGCAGCGGCAGCAGCAGCAGCAGCAGCAGCAUUGA